AUGAAAGAGACACUGAAUAAUUUAAGUUUAGAAGACAUAGCGAAUGUAAAAAUAAAAGCUUAUAAGAAUGAAAAUAUAUUAAGUGAUAAUGAGAAGAAAAGAAAAGAGAAUUUUUAUAAUGUAUAUAUAUUAACAUAUAUAAAACAUAUUGUUCGCAUAAAAUCAAAUUUAGCUUUACAUGGUGGAUUAUAUAGUAAUUAUUUUGAAAAAUAUGAAGAAGAGUCUAUAUCAAAUAUUAUGUUUGAAAAUUUAUUAGGAAAUAAUGAAAAUACAAAAAAUCGAAAUAUAAAUUCUGAGAAAAUAAAUAGAAUAGAACAAAAUGAUAAUGAUAAAAAAAAUUUGUUACAAGAUGAUUUGAAUUAUAUACAUAAUAAUGAUUAUUAUAAUAAAAAGGAUUUAAAUUAUUCAAUCAAAGAAUUAUUAAAAAAAUUAAUUAAAUCAUAUAAAAUUAGAGAAAAUAAAAUAUUUCUCGUUACAGGGAUGUUAGGAUGUGGAAAGACUACAUGUGUAUCUUUAGCAAUUGAAUAUUUUAAUAAAUAUUUACAAAUAGAAAGAAAUAUGAAAAAUAAAACUUUAGAUACAAAUCAAAAUGGGAAAAAUAAAACUUUAGAUACAAAUCAAAAUGGGAAAAAUAAAACAUUAGAUACAAAUCAAAAUAUGAAAAAUAAAACAUUAGAUACAAAUCAAAAUGGGAAAAAUAAAACAUUAGAUACAAAUCAAAAUGGGAAAAAUAAAAAUGUAUUGUUUCUAUCUGAAGAAGAACCUAUUAAUAAAAAGAUCUAUAAAAAAACUCCUUAUAUAAACAAAUCAUAUCAUCAAGAAAUGGAUAGCUCCAAUUCAACUCCUAGAGAUGAUAAGAAGAUAAAAAUAAAUUCGAAUGAACCUUUAUUUAAUUUUACACCAAAGAAAAAAAGAAAAACACAAUCUAAUGAAUCGACAGAUGAAGAUGAUCAAGAAGAAAGAUUUUACAAUAAUUUAUCGAAUGAUACUAAUAAUAGGGGGGAUAAUAAAAAUAAUUAUGACAAUUAUCACAAUAAUAAUAAGAAUGAUCAUAUGAAUAGUCAUACAUUUAAUAAUACAUACAAUACCUUUGGACACCAAAAAAAAGGAAAUUAUUGUGAUAAUAAAAAUAAGAAUCAAUUUGAAAAUAUAAAAACAUGUGAAGAACAAAAUAAAAAAGACUUUCCAUCAGAUGUUGAACAAAUAAAUACAAACAUAAGAAAUAUAUUCGAAAAUAAUGAUUUAUCACCUUUAAGAAAAAAUGCUAAUAUUAGAAAUAAAAUACAACUUGAACAAAUGCUUAAAGAUCAAAAUGAAAAAGAAGAUACAUAUUUUAGAAGUAUAACAAAUGAUGAUGAGAACUUAGAUUUUAAUAUGAAAUAUAAAAAAAUUGUAGAUGAAAUUAAUAAAGAAGAAAAUGAAGAAACAUAUAUUUAUAUUAUUCGUUUAAGUGCUUAUUUAUAUAGAGAUGAUUUACAAUGUAUAAAAUCUAUUUUAUCUCAACUUCAUAAUUAUGUUUAUACUGAUGAAAAAUUAGAAUCCAACUUGUUAUUAAAUGAUUAUAUAAAUAAAUUAGAAAAAAUUUUAAUUAAAAUAAAUUCUGAAAGAAAACAAACUUUACUUAUUAUAGAAAAUGUCGAGAAAUUCUGUUUACAAAAUAAACAAAAUUUAUUAUAUACAUUAUUUGAUUUAUUACAUAAAAAGAAUAUAUAUAUUAAUAUUAUCUGCUUAACAAAUGUAUUAGAUAUAACACAAACAUUAGAAAAAAGAAUCAAAUCAAGAUUCACAUUUGAAAUGAUUCAUAUUUCUCCAAUACUUAAUAUUGAAGAUAUAACUAAAUUAGUAUAUAAAAUCUUAUAUGUAAAUCUAGAUGAUUUCCAUCUUAUUAAAAAAUAUUAUUCUGUUUAUUUUACAUAUCCAGAUCUUAUUAAAAUACAAAGAUUUCUACAAAUUUAUAAUUCAACUAUGCAAAAAGAAAUAGCAGAUUCUAAUCUAUUAAAACAAUGGUCAUAUGAUAUUAAUUAUGGUCUAGAUAUUAGACACAUAUACCAUACUUGUGUUGAUGCUAUAUUAUCUAUUUGUGAAUAUAAACAUAUAUUAACAACUAAUCAAAAUAAAUUUGAAAGUAAUACUAUUUUAGAUAUAUCAACUAGCCAAACUAAUAAUUCCUAUCAAAUUAGAAAUACAAAUAUAAAUAUAAAUACAAAUAUAAAUACACAUACAAAUAUAAAUACACAUACAAAUAUAAAUACACAUACAAAUAUAAAUACACAUACAAAUUCGCAACCUAAUCAGCAAAACACAAACAGUGACCUACAUGAUAAUACAAAUAUGACACAAAAUGUAUUCUGUGAUAAUGAAAUAGGUUUAUUCACAAAAAAGGAGAAAAGAAGCAACCUAGAAUUUCUUAAAGAACGCCCUUGUAAAUUGGAUGCAACUCCAAUCAAGAGAUCAUAUCAUAAAUAUGAUGAUGAUAAAUAUGAUGGUGAUAAAUAUGAUGGUGAUAAAGAUGAUGAUGAUAAAUAUGAUGGUGAUAAAGAUGAUGAUGAUAAAGAUGAUGGUGAUGAUAAAUAUGAUAAAGGUGAAAAUCAAAAUAAUAACAAUAGCAAUAAUGCCAAUGAUGUAUUCUUUUUUAAUAUGAACAUGGAUAUGAGCCCAAGGAAAUUAAAAGAAAACAUGAAAUUGAAAGAAAAUGUUAAAUUAAAAGAAAAUAUAAAUUUAAAAAACAAAAUGGAAAGUCAAUAUAUUCUAAACAAUGUUCAAUCAAAAUUUAUUAGAAGACAUUAUAUUAAAAAAGUCUUACGUGAUCUAUGUACAAUUGAAUAUAUGAUAUUAUGUGCAUUCACAAGAUUAUAUAAAAAAGAAAUAUUACCAAAAACUUUAUAUGUUAUUAUAUUAGAAAUAAAUAAAUUCAAACAUGCUUAUCCACAAGAACAAAUUAUAGGAUUCUCUUUGGAUGCUUAUAGAAGAUCUUUUUUUAGAUUAGUUGAUCUUGAUAUUAUUGUUUUGUCUUCUUAUUCCUUAAAUCAUUUAAAUAUAAAAAAUUUUAGUAAUGAUCUUUUUGGUUUACAUGAGCCAACUAAAUUCCCAUGUUAUGAUAUAUUCUUAGAAAAUAUAGAUACAUAUAAUCUUAACCAUAAUUUAAUUCAAUGGGUGAAACAUAAUACAGAAGUUAUGCAAUAA